AUGAGGAAAGGUCUGCGGACGACAGCGGCCCGCUGCGGACUGGGGCUGGGAUACGUGCUGCAGAUGCUCGUGCUACCUGCCCUAGCCCUGCUCAGCGCCAGCGGCACCGGCUCGGCCGCUCAAGAGGACGACUUUUUUCAUGAACUCCCAGAAACCUUUCCAUCUGAUCCACCUGAGCCUCUGCCACAUUUCCUUAUUGAGCCUGAAGAAGCUUAUAUUGUGAAGAAUAAGCCUGUGAACCUGUAUUGUAAAGCCAGUCCUGCCACCCAGAUCUACUUCAAGUGCAAUAGUGAAUGGGUUCAUCAGAAAGACCACAUAGUAGAUGAAAGGGUAGACGAAACCUCUGGUCUCAUUGUCCGGGAAGUAAGCAUUGAGAUUUCACGCCAGCAAGUGGAAGAACUCUUCGGGCCUGAAGAUUACUGGUGCCAGUGUGUAGCCUGGAGCUCGGCGGGUACCACCAAGAGCCGGAAGGCCUACGUGCGCAUUGCAUAUCUGCGGAAGACAUUUGAGCAGGAACCCCUGGGAAAGGAAGUAUCCUUGGAACAGGAAGUCUUGCUCCAGUGUCGACCACCAGAAGGGAUCCCAGUGGCUGAAGUGGAAUGGUUGAAAAAUGAAGACAUCAUUGAUCCUGUUGAAGAUCGGAAUUUUUAUAUUACUAUUGAUCACAACCUCAUCAUCAAGCAGGCCCGCCUCUCGGAUACUGCCAACUAUACUUGUGUUGCCAAAAACAUUGUCGCCAAGAGGAAAAGCACGACCGCAACUGUCAUAGUCUAUGUAAACGGUGGCUGGUCUACCUGGACAGAGUGGUCCGUGUGUAAUAGCCGCUGUGGACGAGGGUAUCAGAAGCGCACAAGGACCUGCACCAACCCAGCCCCACUCAAUGGUGGUGCCUUCUGUGAAGGGCAGAGUGUGCAGAAAAUAGCCUGCACCACGUUAUGCCCAGUGGAUGGCAGGUGGACCUCAUGGAGCAAGUGGUCAACUUGUGGGACCGAGUGCACGCACUGGCGCAGGAGGGAGUGCACGGCACCAGCCCCCAAGAACGGAGGCAAGGACUGCGACGGCCUCGUCCUGCAAUCCAAGAACUGCACGGAUGGUCUGUGCAUGCAGACUGCUCCUGAUUCAGAUGAUGUUGCUCUGUAUGUUGGCAUUGUGAUAGCUGUGAUAGUGUGCCUGGCCAUUUCUGUAGUUGUGGCCCUCUUUGUGUAUCGGAAGAAUCAUCGUGACUUUGAGUCUGAUAUUAUUGACUCUUCUGCACUCAAUGGAGGCUUUCAGCCUGUGAACAUCAAGGCAGCAAGGCAAGAUCUCCUGGCAGUACCCCCAGACCUCACGUCAGCUGCAGCCAUGUACAGAGGACCCGUUUAUGCCUUGCAUGAUGUUUCGGACAAAAUCCCAAUGACCAACUCUCCGAUUCUGGAUCCACUGCCUAACCUGAAAAUCAAAGUGUACAAUACCUCAGGGGCUGUCACACCCCAAGAUGACCUCUCUGAGUUUGCAUCAAAGCUGUCCCCUCAGAUGACCCAAUCCUUGUUGGAGAAUGAGGCCCUCAACCUGAAGAAUCAGAGUCUAGCAAGGCAGACGGACCCAUCCUGCACUGCGUUUGGCACCUUCAACUCCCUCGGCGGUCACCUUAUCAUUCCCAAUUCAGGAGUAAGCAUGCUGGUUCCCGCUGGGGCCAUUCCCCAAGGGAGAGUCUACGAAAUGUAUGUGACUGUACACAGGAAGGAAAAUAUGAGGCCGCCCAUGGAGGACUCUCAGACACUCCUGACCCCUGUGGUGAGCUGUGGGCCUCCAGGAGCUCUGCUGACCCGCCCUGUCAUCCUCACUAUGCAUCACUGCGCAGAUCCCAAUACCGAGGACUGGAAGAUACAGCUCAAGAACCAGGCAGCGCAGGGACAGUGGGAGGAUGUGGUGGUGGUCGGAGAGGAAAACUUCACCACCCCCUGCUACAUCCAGCUGGACGCAGAGGCCUGCCACCUCCUCUCCGAGAACCUUGGCACCUACUCCCUGGUCGGGCAGUCCACCACCAAAGCAGCCACCAAGCGCCUGACGCUGGCCAUCUUCGGGCCGCUCUGCUGCUCCUCUCUGGAGUACAGCCUCCGAGUCUACUGUCUGGAUGACACUCAGGAUGCCCUGAAGGAAGUCUUGCAGCUCGAGAGACAGAUGGGAGGACAGCUCCUAGAAGAACCUAAGGCUCUUCACUUCAAAGGCAGCACCCACAACCUGCGCCUGUCCAUUCAUGAUGUCGCCCAUUCCCUCUGGAAGAGCAAAUUGCUGGCCAAAUAUCAGGAAAUUCCUUUCUACCACAUCUGGAGUGGGUCUCAGAGAAACCUCCACUGCACGUUCACUCUGGAGAGAUUUAGCCUGAACACAGUGGAGCUGGUCUGCAAACUGUGUGUGCGGCAGGUAGAGGGAGAAGGGCAGAUCUUCCAGCUAAACUGCACCGUGUCCGAGGAACCUACUGGCAUCGAUCUGCCUCUGCUGGAUCCAGCGAGCACCGUCACCACCAUGACGGGACCCAGUGCUUUCAGCAUCCCUCCCCCGAUCCGGCAGAAGCUCUGUAGCAGCCUGGAUGCCCCACAGACGAGGGGUCAUGACUGGAGGAUGCUGGCCCAUAAGCUAAACCUGGACAGGUACUUGAAUUACUUUGCCACCAAAUCAAGUCCAACUGGCGUCAUCCUGGAUCUCUGGGAGGCACAGAACUUCCCAGAUGGAAACCUGAGCGUGCUGGCAGCUGUCUUGGAGGAGAUGGGAAGACAUGAAACAGUAGUGUCGUUAGCAGCAGAAGGGCAGUAUUGACCCAGGCUGGGGCUGAGAGUGAAGCAGGAGAGUCACAGGGAGUCUGUGGACGUCCAGGGGCUCAGAGCUGAGGAGGAAACCCAGUCUAGACCAGUGAGCUCCACAGGCAAGAUUGCAGCGGGAGAGAGAAGGAAAACAGACACAACUACCAAUAUACAUGCCCACUCUACUCGGACAUCGUCACAGGAGUUAAGAACAAUUGUACAAAUGUGUAUCUUGAAUUUAGAAAUCAACCUAAUUUUCCUCUUAGUUGGGCUGUAUGCUGUGUGGUACAGGAUCUUACAGUUUCCUAGGAAACGCUUUUUAUUGCUAUCCAGAUCUAUGGAUAAACUUUCUUAACAAACCCAGUUUCUACAAACGUUGUUUACAUCCAAUUGGACAGGGAUGCAGACACUGUCCAUGGCUCGUUCUAUUUUUGUUUAAAUCAUUUGAAGUUGAAGCUGUGGACGGUUUGCUGUGUCUCUUUCAGAUUAGUAAUUUACAGAGAAAUCACAGACUUUUCCUACAAAUCAUGUGCAUCAAGUGUCUCAGAGAUAAUCCUCCCAUCAGUGUUCUGUUUCUAGAACUUGUAGAACCAGUGUUACUGUUUGUAUCGGGGAAGUGGAGAACCUAAGUAUAAAGGAGAGAGAGCUAAGACUUCCUUAUUCCUUGAGGGUACCCACCUCACGCCCUUGGGGAAUAAAGCUAUAGCGUGGCAGGGAAGACAGGGAUUCACGUUCAGCCACACAAACAAGCAUUUUUUCCACAACAUGUGUGUUUGUAAUAUGCAACUUGAAGUGUUUUUUUUUUUUUUAAAAGAAAGGUAUUAUUAUUAUCAUCAUCAUUAUUAUUGAUGAGUAUUUACAAGUAUUCUAGUAAAAGGAUUUUCUUUUAACUUGUUUUUGUUAGCAGUACUGUUAGUAUUUAGGUAUUGACCUGACCCGGGCACCUUCUCAUAACAAGGUGGGCGUGGUCGCCAGUUUAAUUAAACAGGCAUUGCUUCCCUGACCUUUUAUCUUUCUCCCAUCAUUCUGCCUGGAAAGGAGGUAAAUGCUCACUGGCCUUGUCAGUCUGGUCUCUGAGCUUGCUCAGGCAGGGGCUUUGUCCUCUGAGUCUCGUCACGAGAAGCGUUCAAGUGUUCUGAUUCAGGCUUUACUCAGCAUUGUGGUCACACAGCCCCACACGCCUCUCGUGGGUCCUCUGUCUACCUUGGAGGCAGUGUGGUUGAAGGAACAGCCUCUGAGCUGGAAACCGGUUCUCAUUCUGGGUUUGUCACUGUCUAGCUGUGCUACCUUGGGAGAGUCAUUUACCCUCACUGGACCUCAGCUUCCUCACCUGUAAACUGAAGGGAUGGGAUUAGAUCAGCUCAAGGUUCUAAAAUGCUUGACUUCCACUGUGAUGCUCCCAGUCUCCGUCAUCAGUAUGAAGACCACAAUGGACGCUGACCUGGAUCAUUUAAAGAUUCAACUAGCCUUUCGCCCAGGCUACAUUAUGCCUUUCAAAUAGUUCCCACUUGGAAGAUAAUUAUUCUAACCUGUAACAUAUUUGUCAUGCUUUCAAGUCUUGUCUUUGUGUCAUUGCAUCACGCUGUUCACCCAGAGAUGGCAUCCCUUUAUUAUCACUUUCUUUCCUCUCUUGGGACCAGUUGCCUUCCUGAC